UUAAGUGCCUGUUAAUUUUAGUGGUAGUGAAUAAUGUUUCUUCCGAUCUUUUGAAUGAAAGAAUUAGACAAAAACAGCUUUCCUCUUUAGUUUUUUUUUGCUGAAUGUAAUUCCACAGUUGUGCAUACGCCGGCAUAUAACCCAACUAACCAUGUUUUAUGCCCCAAACCUUCCUUUUUCCUACUGGGCAGUUAACGAAUAGCGUAGAACUCGGUAUGAACUUUUGACCAUUGCCCUAAUCUUCGCUCAGUUUCACGCCAGUGGCUUCCAGGAAACUUUUGGCGUUGCUUUACCUGAAGAAAUAGGGGGAAACUGAAAGGACCACAGGAGUCUAAACCUUUCAAGAGCAGCUAUGCCGCGCUGUGUGGAAGUGAUUAUCAUUGGGGCUGGGAACCGGGGGCAGACUUAUGCAUUCUUUUCAAAAGAUUUUCCAGAGCGAAUGAAGGUUGUGGGAGUAGCAGAUUGUCGUUUAAUUGCCAGACAGAAUUUGCAGAUGAAGUACUCAAUUCAAGAUUGUAACAUCUUCAGUGAUUGGAGAGAAGCUGCAAAACGGGAGAAAUUUGCAGAUGCCGUGAUCAUAGCAACUCCAGACAGGCAUCAUAAGGAUCCAACAGUGGCAUUUGCAAAGAAGGGCUACCACAUCCUACUGGAGAAACCCAUGGCAGUGACUGUGGAUGAUUGCAAGGAGAUUGUCCUGGUAUGCAAGGAGAAUAAUGUGAUACUUGCAGUUUGCCAUGUACUGAGAUACUCCCCACCAAUUCUAAAAGUACAUGAGCUGCUAUGCCAGGGAGUGAUCGGAGAAGUGGUCCAUUUACAACAUCUGGAACCUGUUGGUUUUUAUCACUUUGCUCACUCGUUCGUUCGAGGGAAUUGGAGAAAUGAGCAGGAAAGCACCUUCUCACUAAUGGCAAAAUCUUGUCAUGACAUUGACAUCAUCAACAGUUUGAUGUUUGGAAAGAGGUGCAUCAAGGUAUCAUCAUUUGGAUCUCUGUCUCAUUUUAUCAAAGAUGACAAGCCUGAGGGUGCUGCUGACCGAUGCUUGGAUUGUGCUGUGGAGAAGUGUUGCCCAUACUCUGCUAAGAAACUUUAUCUGGAAGGUGUCAAGAAUGGCAAGAAAGGAUGGCCCAUCUCUGUGAUCUGUGAAGGGUCUACUGUUGACAUUGAAUCGGUUACAAAGGCACUUCGUGAAGGUCCAUAUGGAAGAUGUGUUUACGAAUGUGAUAAUGAUGUUGUCACCCAUCAGGUUGUGAAUAUGGAAUUUGAGGAAGGAGUGACAGCAGCUUUUACGAUGGUGGCUUUCACUGAAAAACUGGCUUCUCGGAAAAUAACAAUUUAUGGAACUGAGGGGGAGUUGUCAAGUGAGGGCCAGGAUCCAGUGACAGUUUUCGAUUUCCUUACACAGACAAAGACUGAAUAUCCCUUGGACUAUUCUUCAAUACAGAACACACACUUGGGAGGACAUGGAGGAGCUGAUUACUAUCUAAUGGACAGCUUCAUACAGGCUGUCGCUGAGAACAAUCCAUCACUGAUCAGGACAGGUCCUGAAGAGACCCUGUUGAGUCACCUGCUGGUGUUUGAUGCUGAACGUUCGAGGAGAGAAAACCGCGUGGUUUUCUGUGCCAAUACAGAAUAAUCAAAUGCUGUGAUCAUUUCAACAAUCAAAAGAUAUUUGGGUGUAGAUUUUAGGAAAUUAAUGCUCCUAAUGCAGGGGUUAUGUUUCAGGAGUAGUCUGCCACUUCUUUCCAGAGAAAGAUGUUGUGGUACGCUAGGUUCUGCACUCAAAUCAAUUUUUCAAAAUUCCAUUCUUGGAGAUUAAAAUGACAGAGCUGUGGGAUUGAAUCACUUUAGAAAAUGCCCCCAGUUGAAAUUUGCUUAAGUAACACUUCCUUAGCCAAGUGGAAAUUAGUUGAACAUUCUGGUAUUUUCACCUGCUUCUCCUCCAGCAGCACAAACUCAGAAUUGAUUCAAAAAUCAGUACAAAACAGGAUUGUAAAUCCAAUAUCAGCAGUCACUAAAUGUGUGCAAAUGGAUUGGCAAUAUAUCACAAUGCGCUCUUGUUAUAACUGCACUCAUUAGAAACCAUUAUGAUCAACGUCUGUUUAAACAGCUCCUGUACAGCCUACUUAUUAUAAGUUUGUUCCAUUACAAACAUUCAAAUAAAAAUAAAAUACUGUGCAUGCUGGAGAUCUGAUACAUAAAAUGCUGGAGAAACUCAGCAGAUCUGGCAGCAUCUGUGGAGAGAUAAAGUUAACGUUUCAAGUCUGGUAUGACAUUUUCAACAGUUCUGAACAAGAGUCAGAUUGGACUCAGAACGUUAACUGUUUAUCUCUCUACAGAUGCUGCCAGAUCUGUUGAGUUUCUCCAGCAUUUUCUGUUUUUAUUAUGCCAAUCCCAUACCUUGCCUGUCGUAUACACUUGUUAGACACUCUGCCUAUUAUACAUCAUUUCUGUUUUAGAGCCCACUUACAUGCACCUUAUCUAUAAAGCACCCAACCAUUUAUAUCUCUAUGUAACUUUCCUUUCUGCUGAAGCUAAUAUCUCACUCCAGAGACCUGACCAUAUAAUAUUGUUCUAAGAGUGUGUGGCGAUAUUGGAGGUGCCGCAUCACCUGAAAUGUUAAAUGGUCACUUUAUCUGUCUUUCUCAGAUGGAUGUGAAAGAUACUUUGGCAUUCUUCAAAAAAGAAUAGACAAAGCCUCCUGGCCAAUGUUUAUCCCUCAGCCAACACUGCUGAAACAGACUAUUAUUUUGUUCAGUGCCACCUUGCUGUGUUUUCCCCACAAUGACUGCAUUUCUGAAGCAGUUGUGAAGUGUUGGCGAUAUCCUAAGGCUGUAAAAGCCACUAAGUAUAUGCAAGUUCUUUCAAUCUUUUAAAAAUGAUUAGGGCAGAGGUAGCUAAUCAGAAAUGUUACCAAAACCAGACAGCAAGCCCAUCAUGAUCUGAAAAUAAAAAGAUGGGUGAAUAUUUUAUUAAAAAUUUAUCAGAAUAAUUUGGACCAAAUUGUUAAGAAAUUAUCUUACCUUUGUUGAAGCUCAUUCAUCUACUGUAGGGGUAUCUGAGAACCAAGAAUCUUUCACCAGUUGCAGGACCCCUGAUAGUUAACUCCAGAUUUAACUCGUUAUACCUGCAUAACCUUCCUCUGAAUUUACAAAUAAUUGUUGACUUUCUGCAAGAGCUCAGAAUGUCUGGCACACAGCCUCAGUGGGAUCUAAAUAAAUCUGCUCCCUUCCUAUCAGUCAUUUGUAGAGGACUAAUGAGAAUGUAAAUUAGAGUUAUUAAUCUGGUAAAUUAUUUACAUUUUAAACAGAAGUGCUGAGUUUUGUCCAUUUGCAGGUUUGUUGUAUUCUUUGUAUCUCAUUUACCAUGCAGAAAUGACGCUAGUUUUAAACAUACAUAUUAAAUACAGUGCUUUAAAAUAUUUCUUCAAUCACAGGAUAUUUUCAAAUACGUUCUCAGUUCUGGCUUUUUCAAUCUUUCUGGAAGUUUCUGUUUACUUUAGUUCUUGGAGAUUACAUCUAUGUUUAAUCAGUCAAAUGCUUAAACAUAGAUCAGUCAACAGACUAACAUAAUUAAAUACAGAUCAAUUAAUCUAUUGAAUACUGCACCAAAAUGAUAUUUUAGAAUUUUUGUGAUAAUAGAAACUGUGAUUGAUUUAACUCAGAUCUUUAUUCAAUAGGAUUGAAAAUUACAAAAUAGCAGGGAAUGUGGGAAUAAUAAACCCAGUACAAUGUGAUGCGCAAUGGUACUUAAACCAGUGAAACUGUGAUCAGGAACAGCUCCUUCAAAUGAGCUGGGAUUGAUUUUCCAAAAAGCGCUGAAGACUGAGACCACAGAACCAACAGGAAAGUUUGAGAGGGAGGGGUCUCACUGGACAGAUGAGCAAAGAUCUGGCUAAUGACUCCCUUAUGUGUUUAUUUAGUGAGCUGCAAUGUCGAACAACCCCUUGUGAAUGCUGGGCUGGUGAUUGUACAUAGUGUUAUAUUUGUGGGGUUUUAUGUGUAAUUGUUGGUAAGUGACAGGCAGUCAGACCAAUCUCAGUGGUUGAAAUUGAUUUGGGGGGAUUUAAUCCAAAUGUAUGAACUGAUGGGAUCUGAUUCUAAAAUUCAGAAAUCAACAACUGGAUCAAUUGUAAAAUGGGUGGUGGUUGAAAUAGCUAAUUCAAUCCCCUCAAUCUCCCACUCAUUAGUAUGGUUAAAAUUAUCUCCCAAAAAUCUGAAAGUCAGCAACAUUACAAAAGAUAUUUGCUAUUAGUUGUUGAUUUUUUGACAGACCAAUUCCAGAAGUGCUGAAACUGGCCUCUGCACUGCAGUGGAGCACCAGGCAAAACCUCAGAAAAAGACAAGUAAAAGUGAUUUCCAAACUUUGGUGUGAAUAGUUUUAUUUUAUUUGUACAAGAAGUGAAUUUACUUAUAAAUUACAAUCAGAUUAAUAUUGAAUAUGAAAAUUUAGAAUUAUUUUGUUAUUUUUAAUUGCAAAUUAAAACAAAAGAUUCUGGAA